AUGAGGGUAAGAAAGAAGCCAGAUCUAAGAUUAAACAUCCCAUCAUAUCCUCAUGAUUAUGUGGAAAUGCCGCCGCGGACUAGAAGGAGGAUCCUGGAAUCGUGCGGAUCUCCUAACGAUGUACCAGAUCAAGAGGACAAAAGUUUUCAAGUUAACCUUGACAUUAAUCGGUCUGUAACACCAGAGAUAAAGAUUUUCAGUCCAGAAGAUGAUACGAUUGAUAUUAGAGAGGAAAACUCAGCUACAAAUGAAAUAGGAGAUGAAAAAAAUGUCGAAGGAAAAAGUACUGUUGACAUAAAAAGAGACAACGUAAGUAACAUUGUCGAAUUUCAUUGGUUGUGUUCUGAAAUUGCUUAG